UGUUUUCUUCUCCUCUCUAAACCGGCGGUCACCUAGGGCUCCGAUCGCAACCCCGGGAAUUUUGACUGCAGAUUUACGUUGAUCACUACAGUGAAUGGCAAUUUCACGAACAGGAGUCUACGUUGACGACUAUUUGGAGUAUGCAAGCACGUUGCCUGCUGAACUCCAGAGACUGUUAAACACGAUCAGGGAACUCGACGAAAGAUCCCAUUCUAUGAUCAACCAGACCAGGCAACGCACUAGGUACUGUUUGGGGUUGUCUUCACAUGGCUCUAAGAAGGUUAAUCAUUAUACUAGUUAUAGCUAUAACAACAUUAACACCACCGGAGAAGACGAUGCAACAAUUGAGAAAAUGCAUAAAGAAAUUGAGGCUAAUCAGGAUAGUGCUUUAAAUCUUUGUACCGAGAAGGUUUUGUUGGCACAGCAAGCAUAUGACCUGAUAGAUAGCCAUAUAAAACGACUUGAUGAGGAUUUGAACAACUUUUCCGAAGAUCUAAAGCAAGAAGGCAAGAUACCACCAGAUGAACCAGCUAUUCUUCCCACCUUGCCUGUAGUCCCAAAAAGUGAAAAACGAAAAUCCUUAUAUGGAACACCUGUAUCAAAGGGACUUGACUACAGAGAUAGAGAUUGGGAUCGGGGGCGUGAUAGAGAUUUUGAACUUAUGCCCCCACCAGGAAGGCAUAAGAAGGAGUAUGCAACUCCCAUGGAUAUGGAUCAACCAAUUGAUCCAAAUGAACCUAUAUACUGUAUCUGUCACCAGGUUUCUUAUGGAGAUAUGAUUGCUUGUGACAACGAAAAUGUAAGUACCUAUUGCCUUGCUUUCUUUCUUCAUGUGCGCUGCACCUCUUUCUUUUUCUUCAAGGAAAGCCGGAUUGGCAGAAUUACCAAUCGUCAUGUGAUCUCCCACAUCAAAUUUGAUUACUGUCUGGUAUCUAUAUAUUAUUACCUUCCUAGUGCAUCAAAUGCGUAGUAUAUUUUUGGGCUAGAUGCGUUAACUGCAGACAUAGAUGAUUUGCUAUGCAUAAGAUUGAUUUGGAAUUUUGAAAGUGAAACCAAACACACUUAUUAUUAUGCCAAAGGUUACAAAUAUUAGUGAGGGCAUGAUUUCUUACCUGCUCACAGUCUCCCCUCUCCCUCCAAAGCUGUUAGGUUCAGACUUGUGACCUCCCUGUGAUACCAAGUGUGAGAACGAUACUUACUGUUACACCGAAAGUUUUACAAUUAAUUAGGGCUCAACUCUAUUUCUUUAAUCCAUUGUAGAUUAAACGCUUGCCAUGGUUGGAAUACACUAAAAAUUCGUCAACCAAUCUUUGAUGCACCUACUCUAUUUGCAUAACAUGUAUAAAUUUGGGACAUCAUAAAGAACUGGCGAAAUUCAACAUUGAACACCUUGCAAAGAGGCAUGUGAACAACAUGCAUGAGAAUGCAUCCAAUGCGGCUUUCAUGAUGCAAACACGGAAGUAUAAAAAAAUUAAUUAUAUAGAUGAAAAAUCUGUCGUGAAUAGGGUUUGCGUUCAUGCUUAGGGGUUGACCGGGUAUGUUCUGGUUACAUUCACAUAUGUUAACUGCAAUAUUUCAUGCAUUUACUAAUCAUUAAUCACAUAAUGUAUGUCCAUUAUGUCGCCAGAAACUACGGCUAUAUGUAGUUAACAGAUGAAUAUUGGUGCCAUGAAUUUUAUUUGAACAGUGGGUUUUAUAGGUUUUACAACUAGUUUUAUUUGAAUAAAGGAUUCUAUGAUAAUAUUCCUUUCCCCCCCUCUCUAGUUGUUUCUGGUUUUUUAAAGCUUUGAU